AUGGAGAUGUUGUUGCUGGCUUUUGCACUAUGCGGUGGCAUUGUGCGGGCUCAGGACAGGCUAUCCGAUUAUGUUGAUCCAUUGAUUGGUACUGAGGGAGCCAUUCCCGGAUCUGGUGAGCAUUUGCACCAACACGCUGUUCUCUUCUUCUCGUACUAAUAUGUACUGCAGCACUUGGAGGCGGCAACAGUUUUCCAGGCGCAAGUCUCCCAUGGGGCAUGGCCAAAGUUGGAAUCGAUACCAGCUUCCUGGGUAUUCUCAAUGCUACCGAUUGCAAUGCAGGCUACUCUCCUUUGGGCAACGUUACAGCGGUCAGCAUGAUGCACGUAUCGGGGACUGGAGGAGCUCCUACAUAUGGAAUAGUCUCGCAGAUGCCGUUGCACGGAGGGCUCGAUACUGUCAACUUGGCCGACAAUAUGACGUACUGGCAAAACCGCUCUCUGGAGGCCGAACACGCUGAAGUGGGAAUGUUCACGACGACUCUGUUGAAUGGUGUGAAGAUUGAUAUUACUGCGGCUCAACACUCUGGUAUUAUCAGAUACACGUUCUUGAAGGGCAAGAGUGUCUCGAAUACAAGUAUCGCCUUGACUUCCGGCUCUUCCGUCGCAGUUCGGUCGAGCGAUGCCCACGUCUUGGCAGACCUCACCCAUGUCCUCCCUAGCUACUACAUUCAGGAUUACUCGGAGACCUUCCUGAGAGGCGAUCUUUAUAUCCGUACUGGCUCGAAUGGUCAAGCAUCGUACUACGGCUCAGCUACGUAUUCUGGAGGAUGGAUUCAGCCCGAUACGCAAUCCAUUUUCUUCUGUGCCAACUUCUCCGCAUCGGAUAGUCUGACCCCUACCAACGACUACAUCAAACAAGCUACGAGUAGUGAUGUACCAGGCGCUGGAUCGUUCUUCUGGACGUACGACCCUGUGGUGCCUCUCAACUUCACGCUUCGACCCUCUCCAGACUCACGCACGGACGCCGUCACUUACACAGGCAGUGGGCAAGGUAUUGGAGCGCUCUUCAGCUGGAGUCGAUCUGGGGCAAACAGCUCGGCAGAUGCCAUUGUCGAAUCCAGAGUCGGCAUCUCGUCUAUCUCUGCCAAACAAGCUUGCCAGAAUCUUGCAAAAGAGCUUCCUCCGUCGGUCACCUUUCAGGAUGUCGUGGAGAAGUCCAAGCAAAUCUGGGAAUCGUCCGUGCUCAACACCAUUGAGAUCGGAGACGACAAUUCCACGACAAGCAACAACAAGACUUUGAAACGGAUGUUGUACUCAGCCCUCUAUCAGACGGGUCUAAUGCCAACGGAUAAGACAAGCGAGAAUCCGUACUGGGAGACGACCGACGACAAUCCUUACUACGACGACCACUAUACGAUCUGGGAUACCUAUCGCACGGUCCAUCCGCUCUACCAUUUGAUCUUCACGAGCAUCUACAGCAGAGUUCUCAAGGGCCUUGUAUCCAUCUUCACGAAUGAGGGCUUCCUUCCUGCUGGUCGAGCCGCAAAUUGGAAUGGCAGAGUUCAAGGAGGCACGCAUGCUGAUAUGAUCUUAGCCGACGCUUUCACCAAAGACGUGGUAGGACUCGACGGCGAGAAGGGAUCGAAUAUCCUCGGUGUGGACUGGAACGAAGCGUACCGUGCUGUUUUAAACGAUGCAAGGAAUCCUCCCGUCCGAAACGUCGAUCCUGUAGCUUUCGACGGUGCGACCAAGGAAGGGCGAGGCGCACUCGAGGAACAGCUGCGGUUGAAGUUCAUCACCCGUAAUCACAGCCGCGGCAUCUCACGAGGACUGGAAUAUGCACAGAACGACUUCGCGAUCUACAGCAUAGCAAGUGGUCUCGACCAAACUGGCGACGUCCAAGAAUUUCGUGACCGAUCAGAUUGGUGGCAGAAUCAAUGGAAUCCGCACGCUAACAUCACACUUGCCAACGGUACUCUUGGGCCUUUCACUGGCUUUCCAGGCGCUCGCAAUCUUGACGGAAGCUGGAAUUUCACAGACUAUGAGCUAGUCACUUGCACCGAUUGCGGUUGGAGCGGAGACAUUUACGAGGCAACUGUCUGGCAAACAGCUUUCAGCGCCGCGCCACAUGACAUGGCAAAGCUGAUCGAGCUCAUGGGUGGAGACGAGACAUUUGUCAAGAGACUUGACACUACCUUCGUGCCCGGACUGGGUCAGGCAAGUGAUAACCCGAAUAACGACGCUGGCACGGCGAUCUUCGAUCCUGGUAAGCUCUCUUCCCUCCAUCGCUUCGAGACUCGCACCACUGACACUUGCUAGGCAAUGAGCCUUCCUUCUCGACGCCGUUCUUGUACAACUAUGUACCCAAGAAGAACUGGAAGACCGUGAAUCAGACCCGAGCAAUCGUCGACGAAUUUUACUCUGAUCGAGCAAAUGGCUAUCCUGGGAACACAGACAGUGGAGCACUGCCCAGUUGGCUGGUCUUCAACUUGAUCGGCCUCGUAAGUCACCCAUCAGCCUUCAACACAAAGUCACCCGCACUGUUAUGCUGACCAUGCACUCCAGUUCCCUGUAUCCGCCCAACCAAUCUACCUCCUCAGCGCACCCCGCUUCUCGUCGCUCAAGAUCAAACUGUUUGGCGGUACAUCCCAGGCGAAGACCCUCUGUAUCACCGCACCUGGGCUUUCCGCGGCGAGCUACUAUCCACAAUCUGUCACUUUCAACGGUCAGAAACUAGAUCGCAGUUGGCUACAUCAUUCCGAACUCAGCAAAGGGGGACGUCUGGUGUUUGAGAUGGGCUCGGAGCCCGGGACGUGGGAUAGCGGUGAGAGGCCGCCUUCGCUUUCGGCUUGGUAG